CAGAAAUGUCAGGCUACAAGCUUGUUUACUUUCCAAUCCGCGGUCGAGGAGAAAGAACUCGAUUGGCUUUCGCAGCGGCUAAAAUUGAUUUCGAGGACACCAGGCUGCCUUUUGAGGAAUGGGCAAAGGAGAAAGCAUGUAAGUGGAUUUCCACAAUAAUCACGCCCUUUUUUCCAAUUACUUAAGGUAUUAUAGUUGUCUAAUUACUUAAAUAGCCUUUUAAAACAGUAUGCUCGAUUGAAAAUGGCUUACGCGCGAGGUAAGCUUUACUCGUGUUUACUGAGUAUAUAAAUAAAAUUAUGUAGGCGAGUGCAGUUUAAUCCCCUAAUCAGUAAUCUUGUUACCGAGUUGCAUUGGCGACUAGACGGUCAACCAAUGCAGCGAAACCACUCCUAUCUUUUGUACACCUCUAUAUUUAUCCAAGGGUCCCGAUAAGGACGCUUGGACUUCGCAAUCGACUUUGUUCACAUCACGGCAUAGUGUUCACAACGGCAAACAUGACCAAUAUACUUUCAAUCACAUUUCUGAGACUGUUGUUUUUUUGUAUGUGUAGUGCAGGUUUCACGGUGGGCAUGCGCAGCCGAAAACGAAAUCAUCAAAACGACACGAGCGAAACGGACGUAACGAACCAAACGAAUUACCUAAACUUAACGUGUGUUCGAGCGAUACGGCCGGAACGACCAAAACGAGUCCAACAAAACAAGCAAUACGACUUACCAUAAUGGUUGAAACAAGCAAAAGGUGGAAAGUUGAGGAAAUAUCAUCGAUGUCUGUUCGACUAUUAUCUCGUAUUUACGUCGGGAACUUCUAAAAAAGACAUUUUUGACAACUUAGUUUUUGCAGGCGGGGGCUGGCAUCUCCGUUUUGCCAACUACAGUGGCCCUGGAGUGUCCACGGCCACCAACAACGGGAAUUGAAACUAAACCGCCUUAUUUCGCAAUUCUCACGAGUCAAUGUAGUGUUUGUAAAGAAAUUUUCAUCUCUUUUUUAAUCUGUUUUCUUUUUUUGCGUCAGCUGGCAGACCGCCGUUUGGUCAUUUGCCCUACAUUGUGACUCCUGAAGGAAAACUUUUGGGACAGUCUGGUUCAGUUACUAAAUAUAUCUGCAAGAAAGGAGGUGAUUUAUCAACCCAGGGGCCCCACUCGCAUAUUUUAAUGACGGGGAGGUCCGAAGGAUUUUUUUGGGUCUGACAUUUUGGCCAAAAGGGAUUUUUUGGGGUCUAUGAAAGACGCCGGGAUUUUUUUGGGUCGCGAAAACAACACCCGUUUUUUUUGGGGUAUUGUAUUUUUCAUCAGCUCAAACCAAAGUUGAAGUAGGCAUGUUUUAGCUUUCCAGAAGAUAAAUAAUAAAAUUUGCUGAUGCAAAAACACUGAGGGAUUUUUUUGGGUAUGCUAAAAAAAAAGUAGGGUUUUUUUGGGUAGACAAAUUCUGAAGUUGGGAUUUUUUGGGUAUAAAAUAUGAACCUCUGUCGGACCCCCCCGUCAUUAAAAUAUGUGAGUGGGGCCCCCGGGUUUAUCAACAAGGGUUUUUCGUUGGUAUGUUAACUAAAUUCAAUCUCCAAAAUUUCCGGGGGCCAGUUUAAAGGCACAAGGUGUAGCUAGGCGUGCAGUUGAUGUCCUGCUAUGCUUAAGAGAUUGUUUUAAAAAUGAAUGCCUUUGUAAGCGAGCUAGACGAAGGGAAUUCUUUACUCUGAUUGGACGCCCGAGAGAGUAAAAUAAUAUAGUACCGUGUUGACCAAGCGUGAAGUCAAGAUGGCUGGAAAUAGACCUUUGUCACGCGGUGGUAAUUUUGCCUCAGGAGCCUUGUUUAUGCACGGCUAGCCUCGUAGAGAGAGCGAGGCUAUCCGUGCAUAAACAAAGCUUUCUAAAUCUCCUGAGACAAAAUGGCCGCCUCGUGUCAAAGGUCUAUAAGCCACUUUUUUGGGGGGGCGUUUUUAUGGACCUCAACUCCGUCUCAGUCAAUUAAAACGCAAAAAAAAACUAAACUAGGCCAACAUUCCUGCUACCUUGGCUGAAAAAUUGCAAGCUCGGUCAAUAAAUGAUUUAUUACAUGGCCGUCAUAAAGAUAACUUUUUCUUGCUGGACCAACGUGGGAAAUCCCCAGCGGGCCAGAUGGUCCUGCAACUUGAUCGAUUUCCGUACAAUGGUAGCAACCGGUGUGAAUCCGCACCUGCUUGACAAUCAUUAGCCACAGAAUCUAUGAAAAAUAGCUUUCCCAACGUAUCAAUGACGGACUUAAAAUGCAUCAUCAGCGUUGCAUUUUUUACCCUGCGAGCAGAGUCUCCUUCGACCUUCCUAGACUCUGCUCGCAAGGUAUGCAUUUUUAGGAAAUCCUUUCUAUUUCUGCAUUUCAUUUUUACUCUAUGGUUAUUAGGACUAUGCCCAGCUGACAGUUUCGAUGAAGCGACAGCGGAUUCGAUAGGUGAUGAAGCUAUGGAUUUGGUUGAGGCUGUGAUCAAGCUACACUUUGAGAAAGACGAAAAGAAGAAGGUAAUGGCUUGGCCGAAAUGCUAAUAGACCAAUUUCAGUAUAUUAAAAUUCCGACCUUGCAACAAGGCUUGGGUACCCUGGAUGCCAGCGGCUUUUUUUGAGCCGUUUCCGGUCUUGGUUAAGACUAAAAAAAGUGACCAGAAGACUUGUCGGCCUGCGAUCAACGAAGCUCCUCGUCGCACGCGAGAAAAAACUUGUGGUACCCAGGGUAAUUCUUCAGGGAAUAAAACAAAAGAAAUGUAUUAUUCAUUGCUGAUUUCUUUUGAUUUAUUCUCCUGAGCCUCAGUGCCAAGUCUGAAUGUUGAUUGGUCUAACCAACCUUGUUCCCAGGGUCCUCUCCUGCUCAUCGCCCCCCAGGAAGAAUGAGAGAGAGGAACCUGGGAACGAGGUUUGUAACUUGAGAAAUAACUUGAGUAUGGCAAAUCAAACAAGAUAUGUCUUUGAAGCAUUACAUCAAAUAACAAAAAUGAACUUUGAAAAAUUGUUAGGCUAACAAGUUUCCAAUACCACAAUUAAAUCUGUUUCAGUGUUCUUCAGGUUUGUCUAUCCGUGUUUCGAUCCUUUAAACUGCAAAACAGUCCGUAAUAUUUGGGCAUCCAAGUACGCGCGACAAAAGGUCUGGAGCGAGGCUGAAAACAGAGAGUGAGACUGGGGAGAGACGCUAAAAAUCGGAUUGACCGUUUUGCAUACGUUAUAUUAGCCUGCGAGCCAGCUCUUCAUUUGCUAUUAUUUUGGAGGAAUCAGUAAAGAAGAGUUUUUGUGUGGGGGAGCGUAACAUGCCCGAACGCUCGGUGAUCGAUUUUGCGAGAGAAUAGCGCUUGUUAUUGUCUACACUUGGCUUCGAAUCUUGUGGUGAACGCAGCAUCUAGUAAUUCCAAAGCUGUCUCGAGCGUUGUUUCCCUGUGCAAUGUAGUGUUUUCUGGAAGAUCAAAAAUGAGUGGAAGUAGCAGCACGCUGACAAAGCCUGUGCCUGAAGUUUGGCAGUAAAGGGACACUUCCGCCUUAGCAACCUUGUAAUGAAAAAAGGGCUUCGAAAAGCUGUUCAAUUAUUAACUAGUAGUUCAAAGCCUGGAUCAAGAAACGCUUUACCCACGACAAUGUCUCAGUUCACAUGUGAAAUUUAAGAAAGAACAAAGAAACUUACAGUUAUAGAUUAAAACACCCUCAACGGUCACCGACCCAUCCUAUAACGUAGCUCACUACACACCGCUUCUGCCGCCCGUCGGUCCCCUGCCGCGAUUUAAAUUGCAGCAAGCUAGCCCCAUGCCGAAAGCCGCGGGUCCUUUUCUUAUAUUUUAGGAUUCAGUUCCGUGAAGAAAUGAUCCUGAUAACUUUUGUUUUAUUUUUUAGGAAGAGUCAACGAAGAAAUUUUUCGAAACUACACUUCCUGACGAGCUUAAAAAUUUUGAAGCUAUUCUUAAAAGCAGGGAUGGGGGCAAGGCCUUCUUUUUAGGCGACAAGGUAAGAUUAGAAGAAUAACAAGGCGUGGCGCUGGGUGAUUUCGGAAUGAGGCAAUCAAGCACAGUCAAACUCCGUUAACCCUUUCAGUAAAAGUCCCGAGAGUGAUCAACAUCAAAUUUCUCUUUUUAAUUAUCAAUGCUUUGUAAAACAGAGUGGUCAUGAGAAUUACGGACAUGAUCACACAAGAUGAAUUUGCUUGAUAUUUUAUCAAGUUCUCCCCAUUACAUCUGUAGGAAAUGAAUAGGACUCAACAUAUGAGAUUUCAAAUUUGGAUCUUAGGGUUUAAAGGGUUAAUACGGACAUUGAGGAUCCCACGAAAACUGUCUCCGUGUCUAUCAUGACUAAAAAGGGGGGGCUGGUUACCAGUGGUGGCUUGGACAGUUAAAAAAGGCAAAGACCGUUUACGAAAGAGAAAUAAACCAUGCCUGCAAAGCAUAAUAAUAUUUUUUUUGUUUCUUUGCUGCAGCUGACCUCUGCCGACAUCCUGUUCUUUGACUUUUGCAACAGCUUUCUUUCCAAGGGUGAACCAACUGUUCCUGAACCGCUCAAGAAGUUUCCGCUGUUGGAGAAACACUACAAUCGGGUGUUAAACGUUCCGGAAAUAAAUGCCUGGAUCACGAAACGCCCGAAAAGCGAACUAUAAGGAAGUGAUGUACUUAACUAAAAUUACGUUUGAGGUGCACAAGAAUAAAUAUAAAAGAAGCUGCUGAGUUUUUGUACUCCGUGCAUAGCUGCAAGUAAGCCCCGGGGAGUAAGCACUCUCAUUUUGCUCGCGUACCCGUUCGCGUGCAGGAGCCCAUGUCGCGUGUGACUUCUCGCCAUAUCUAAAUGAACAACUCUCAAGCUAGGCUAUAAAAAGCUCAAUAGUGAGCCGUCCCUUUCAACUCCCCGGCAGGGCGGGGGGGAGGGGGGGUUAGCCUGCAAGCGUCUCUUCGCGAGUUCGUCGAGAAAGUUGGGACUGAGAGCAAAAAAAAAGGAAUGAUGGAGGAGGGGAAGGGGAGGGGGGGGGGGGGGUGUACUCUACCAAUACUUUUGGUAUAGGUGAGCCGCUGAGAGCUUGAACCCUCACCCUGUUUAGAACAAACAAAUCCAUACCCUGUUAAGGGCAAACUGACAAAAUGCUUCUGUAAUUAUAGAGAGACUGCAAACCCCUAAAGCCCAUUAAAAGGCCAUAAAUCGACUCGGAAACCACACAGGAGAGAAGAAACAAACAUCUUAAGCGAGGCUAGCUGAUUUUUAGUUAAAUCGUUUCACAUUAGUAGGCUACAGAAACAAUUAUUUUUUUCUUCCAUACAAAUCCUUAUAUUUUGAUCAUCACGCAUCAGUGCUGAUGGGAGAUUUGUGGGCGAACGGGUAUGGGUAUUAUGAUAGCCUGCGUAGCAAGCGUUUCCUCGCGAGGUUCGUCUAGAAAGCUGGGACAAGAGCAAAAAAAAAACUUGCUACGCAGGCUAAUCGAGUUAUUACGCGAAAGUUAGAGCGGAAGCAAAAAAAAAGGAUAUUCUUGUCCCAGCUUUCUAGACGAACCUUGCGAGGAAACGCUUGCUACGCAGGCUAGUAUUAUGAGAGCGUUUUGAACAAAUAACGACUUGUCAACGACUUGUCAGUGACGGCAAUUUUAAUUAUUCCCGUUGUCAACGCAAAUUAACAUCUGUUGGUUAACGAUCAAUCACAAGCCUGCGUUGCUGGAACAACGCCCUCCUUGAUGGUGAGUAGCUAUGAAUUUGAUGUUAGGACAGUCUCUUUUUUCUCGCCUCCCUUCUCGCCUGCCGCUACAAACCCCAACGCCGGCCCGCCCCCACGGUGCAGAUGAAACCAAAGGUCGCCUGACCCGUAUUAAAGGGCUCGAUCCUGAUAAAUCUACGAAAAAAUAUUGGGCUGUAAACAGUCUCCAUACUGUCAAUAAAUCGUAUUUUGAUCGCUCUGAGAAUGCAAGGAGGCGUGUCAGAUUGACGGUCAAAUAAAUCCGCACUCGCUGAUUGGCUAACUGAUAAAAAGUUGUUCUGGGGCCACGAAGGCGCGUCGCACUGUGCAAACUAGCUUAGUCACGCUCAGUUUAGUUGGCGAUUGUGUCUUUGGGCGUUCACAAGAAUCUUCUGAAACCUCCACAGAAAUGUCAGGCUACAAGCACGUUUACUUUCCAAUCCGCGGUCGGGGAGAAAGAACUCGACUGGCAUUCGUAGCGACGAAAGUUGAAUUCGAGGACGUUAGAGUGCCCUUUGAAGACUGGCAAAAAGAGAAAGCCUGUAAGUAGAUUUGAUUUGCACAAUAAUCACAGACUUUCCGAUUCUUCUAGUUACACACUUUUAAAUAAAUUCUGUGAAACGGUCGACGGAAAAUGGUGUGUCUCGGAAAAUAUCAGCGUGAGUCUCGAAAUCUCGGCAUUUAAACAGGGUUUAAAAUCAGGGUCACGCUUAAUUUUAUCCUCGGUAAAUUUCGAGUGGACCUCUGGAGUCUUGAGGCCCCGUCUCGAAGUCAGGAAUUUUAAUAACUUGAAUGUCGGUAAAAAUUGCACCCUAUAUCAAGCUUUCUAUUUAGCCGAGGUAAGUUCAACAAGCAAGAAAAAAAAGUUACCGAGCUUUUGCCGUAAGCAGCGGUAAAAUGAGAACAAUUUAUUCCAAGCAAAUUGUUCCAAUCCGGUUACUAAAUGACUCAAUAGCUCACUUAGCUCGAACUUUUUUCCAGGGUACAGAGGCUAUAGCUCAUGUGGUUUCAUUUUUUCGCUGUGUAACGCAUUUUCCGGAAUUUUUUACUACUUUGGACUAUUGCAACACGCGUAUGCAACGAAUAACGAAUGUUUGCACAAGUGUUUCGUGUCUGCAUAUAAUUUGUCACCGCUCGUUGUUUUCAGCGUGAAUUGCAAUAUUUAAUCCCACGGAUUACUACUAAUGCAACUCAAACAACACACAAAACAAGUAUGAACUGAUGAAGGAUAGCAGACGCAAAAUCUAGCCAGAGCAAUUCGAGAAAUGUAAUAAAUCGCGUGAACAAGUCCUAAGUAAAAACAUCAUGUCACGAAGGCCGUCGAUAAAACCAGGAACAUGGAACAUCCCGGAACAUUCCGGAACAUUCCGGAACAUCCCGGAACAUGAAAAAAUUAAAAUAUUUUUUUAUGAAAAAAUGAUUAAUUAACUAAAUAAUAAUAAUAAUAAUAAUAAUAAAUAAUAAAAGGAACAAUAGAUAGAAAACAAUUUUUGCAAAAAUUUAUAAUAACAAAAUAAAUAACAUAACAUAACAUAAAAACGAAAAAUAAAGAAACAAACCAAGAAAGAAAGAAAAAGAAACUGGUAUCAUCUCCGAGUAUGAGAAAACAAUAUUUUGUUGCAAUGAAUUUUUUGCAGUGGGCGAGUAAGGGUCCAUUCAAAUGACAGUCCCCAGUCAUCCUACUCACCCUGGUCACCCUAAUGAGUGAAGGUUUGCUUCUUAAUUCAAAAUAUAUUAAAAUGGGUCGCGAGGAGAGGGUUUUCAGGCUUUCAUCACACAGCCACCUCUUGUAAAGGUUUGCCAUGUGGUUUAACGGUUAUCCAUUUACGGCUUUGUGACCGAAAGAAGAGCUUAGGGGCUUGUCGCUUUGGACUUGGAUAAUUAAAUUAAAGAUUCAGAUUCACCGUGAAUAGUUGCAGUGGCAGCGGUAGUUUCUAACUGUUAUCAGUUAGCCUGAAUUUUAGCCGUCUCCCCGCAAACUCCUCCUGCGACUAGAGGAGACUUCUGAAAUAUCAUGCUGACUGUAAACAGUAUAGAAACUACUACGAAUGUGAGUAUUGUCCACUAAAAUCCAAAGACAGGAGCCCCUAUACUCUUCUUAAGUUCACAGAGCCGCCUAGUCUCUAAGUAAUUCAUGUUCAAAGAAAGCAAAGCACCUCAAGUAAGCAAAUGUCGGUUAUAAAUAAGGAGACUAUAUGUUGGCUUGAAAUGAGCUACUUACCGACUUGGCUUGACAUGAAAUACUGCACCGACAUUUCAGACCAUUGCAGAACCGUAAAUGGAUAACCGCCAAAUAAUUAACUCACGGCAAACAAUUACAAGAGGUAACUGUGUGAGGAAAACUUAAAAAAGCCCCCUCCUCGCGACCCAUUUUAAUAUAUUUUGAAUUUAGAAGCAAACCUUCACUCGUUACUGUCAUUUGCAUGAACCCUCACUCGCCCAACAAAUUUUAAUUUGUUGCGACAAAAUAUUGUUUUCUCAUACUCACAGAGGAAAUCAGUUUCUUUUUCUUGAUUACUUGAUUAUUCAUUGUUUUUCUUUUGUUAUUUUACUUUAUUAUUAAUUUUUACAAAAAUUAUUUUAUUAUUAUUAUUUUAUAAUAUUUUUUUUCAUGAAAAUUAUUUUUAUUUUUUCAUGUUCCGGGAUGUUCCGGGAUGUUCCGGAAUGUUCCGGCAUGUUCCGUGUUCCGGAUUUUAUCGACGGCCUGUCACGAAUGCAAAUUUAACCUUAUGUUCACGCUGCUGAAUCUAAUGACAAUCUUGCCAAACACACGAUGUUUAUUAGAAUGCUUUAACCCAAAAUUGACGAUUUCCUUUGACUAAAGACUAAUACAUUAUAAAUAUAAAGACAAGCAACAUUUCUCGGACGCCACAGGGGACACUGAGGUCACGCUACAAUUUGUUACGUAAUCAAUUGAUUUCGAGUGCAAUUUGGGAUAAAUCAGCACAAGUAAAUUUUUCAGGACUAACCAAGUUUGCAGUUUUUUUUUUUUACAUUCACGAGUGCUGAUUUAUCCCAAAUUGCACGUGAAAAAUCAUGUGGUUACUUGCUUAAUGAGUCGCUUUUUCUCCUUUUGGUGUCACCGCAUAUCACUGUUCCCCUGUUCCUGCCUACAAAUGACAACCUCGACCAAGAAUGGUCAAAAUUUUGACAGGUGAAUGUUGGAAUGUUUGUAAAGAAAAGUUUAAUCCCUUUUUUUUGUUUUUUUGUUGUUUCAGCUGGCAGACCGCCUUUUGAUGAAUUGCCCUACAUUGUGACUCCCGAAGGAAAAAUCCUGGGACAGUCUGGUGCAAUUUGCAAGUAUAUCUGCAAGAAAGGAGGUGAUUUAUGAACAAGAGUUGUUCAUCAGUACACUGACUAAAUUCAAUCCAAAAAAAAGUUCCUCGGGUGAAUUAAGGAAAGGGUCUCGGAAAAUUUAUAGGGGGUGGUCUGCUUCAAAGAGGAUUUUACAGCUUUUAUCUUAAAACUUUUGUAGGCUUGACACUUUUUUACGAAAGGAUAUCAGUUUCAUUUUUAAUGAUGGAUUUUCUAAGUCACGUGACUUAUCACGCCCAUUUUUUGCUAGCCUGUGAACAGGCUCUGUUCACAGGUUAAUUUUUUUCCCAUUUAUUUUGAUUCAAUUUUAAACCACUUUUUAAAAAAUUAAUUUAAUUUAAUAAUUUAUUUUUUGACAAUAAUAAUUACAAGGUUUUUAGAACUGAUCGGGCUUUUGGAAAUUAACUGUUUUCAGGAGACUGACUCCUGCAGUUUUCUGUAAACUGUAAUGUUUUCAUUUUAGAGAGGAGCUAAGGAACUAAGUAACUAAGGAAGAAAAAUAUAUUUUAAAAUUUCCUGAUUAAGUUGACAUGUUUAUCAUUCAAAAAGUGCAAUGUCAACACACGAAAUGGCUCCUUUCAUUCGGGCACAGUUAUGAUAAUUAUAACUAAUCAUAUUAUUAUUAAACUGAUAAAAGGAGUGGGAAACUGAAUAAAUAAGAGGCCAAAAGAGAAAGAGAGAAAACUAGGACACCAAAAGCCAGAUGUAUGUGAAGAGCCACUUCGUAAUUCAAACUAGUCUGGGAGGAUGAACAAUAAAAAAGCCCAAGGGUAGUUGACAUCCUCCUUAGAAGAUGGAAUUUUGUAUGAGUGGUUUUGCAAGCGGGCAAGUGAAAGAGAAUCCUAAUGUUCUGAUUGGAAACCCAAGCGGGUACCAAGGGCAGACUGAUUGCCUGCUUUUUUUUUUCCUCACCCCCCCUCCCUCCCCCGAAAAACCUGAUCAAUUUCCAGCCACUAAGAACAACUCAUUCAAUAACGAUUGUGUCUCAAAUAAUUUUUUGCAUCACAACAGUCCACAUACCACAUGGUGUGCCAUUGUGUCUUGAACACAAUAAUUUGACACAGAAACUGUGUAGUCUAAUGCAGCUAGUGGCUAUUUGGCCCAGAAUGUGUGGACAUUGUUACCGUGUUUAAUGUAAUCAGCAAAGCGGCAAAUUUGAAUGCCAGUGGCCUAUGAAAAGCUAAAAAUAAGAGAAAAAACGAAUUUGUACUGUUGGUUAUUAGGUUUGUGCCCAAGUGACCCUUUUGACGAAGCAUUAGCCGAUUCGUUGAGCGAUUGCGCUCUUGAUUUACGCGAGCGUCUGAUCAAGAUAUACUAUGAGGAAGACGCAGCAAGAAAGGUAAUGCGUGCGUCAAUUAAUUAUUAAUUUCCAAGGAAUGUGCAUAUGUCAAGCUUUUCUCAAGUUGUAAGCUCCCUUGACGAGGGGCAUUUCUUAGUGACAAUCUUAUUCCCAGGGCCCUCUUCUACUCCCUGUCCCUGGGGGACGAGUAGAAGAGGAGCCUGGAAAUGAGGUUGUGCUGAUGAAAACUAACUCAAAAAUAAAAGACAGCUUUGAAUAAACUACGAUGGCCCAAGAACAAAAGUCUGUAUAAUGAGAACUAACUACUUCAACCACCUUUUUCACAAGGAAUUAGGCCAUUUUACAGUAAUAGAUGGAAACAAGACUGGAGUUGACCUUGUUUUGAUACAACACUUCCUCCUCUCUUAUGGAAAUCUUGUUGAUCUUAUACUAACUAGUAUUUUGCAAGCACUCUGAUAGGAUUCUUUUUAUAUAUAUUAAGGAAGGAGGUCUGUAUCAAAACAAGGUCAACUGCAACUUCAGAUCACAUUCACUCAACGGCAUGACUCGUCCCAAGAGAGAGUAACUACUUCACGUUUUGUGGAGGUCGUGAACUCAAGACAACAACUUUCGUUUUCUUUAACUGAAGUUGACCGAACUUCGACACAGUUUUUUCAGAAUUCAACUCCAGAGAAAAGUACGAACAUUUGACGAAUUGAACGAGAUGGAAUAAGCGAGAUAAAGUUUGAAGCAGCGCGAAUUCACUUUUUUCGUGACGUUUUCGUUGCGGUCACGGUCGUUGUUGCUUACAAGCUCCCUGGAAUGUCUGUCCACGUGUGAUACUCAAGAAAGAAAAAAAAACAACUUACAGUUAUACAAGUAGAUUAGGGCACUCGUAGAGGAGUUAGUCUGGCAUUCUGAAGAAGAAAAUCGCUUCUGCUGCUGUAUGAAAUCCUUCAAUAACAAACAACUUCAGAAAAGCAAGCAAGCACGUGCAACACACUCUUUGGUACAUUUCGCUGCCGUCACUAUACAACGACCUGGCGGGGUGAGGGGGUGGUACUCCUGGGAAUACUUGAUGGGGGUGUGCCGCCCGGUUCUCCAUAGCACCCCCGGGACGACGACAACUUGAAAUGGCCUAAAUCCACCUUUUAUCGAGAACAUAACCGACAAAGGACGGCGCAUUUCCCUUUCUCUUUUAGAACUUGGAUAUUUUUCGUACGGCCCAUUUAACUCCAGGAGAGUUUACCUACAUUUGACAAAGUGAGCAAGUUAGGAUAUUAAUUGCCCUGAAGCAGAACGCGAAGUUACGUGUUUUAAGUGACGUUUUGACUGCCGUCGCCGUGGUGGCAACUUAAACUUGCUCCGACUUAAAUUGCAGCACGUUUGUCUCAUUCACAAUGCCGUAGGUAUAUCCUUUCCUCCCCACAUAUUCCAGGAUUCUGUUACGUGAAUGAUUGAACUGUAAUUUGUUCUGAUUUUAGGAGAAGAUGCAGAAGGAAUUUUUCGAAACCACACUUCCUGCCCGACUAAAGAAAUAUGAAGGUUUUCUCGAAAGCAGGGAUGGAGGCAAGGCCUACUUGUUUGGCGAAAAGGUACUUAAGAUGAGAAAAAUACACAAGGGUGUGACGAGGGGUUUGUCUCUGAAUCGUGAUCGAGUAGUUAAACUUUAGAAAGGGUAGAUUCUUUCUUCGAAAACAACAUUAUUUAUCUAGUCAAAAAUAAAAAAGGGUGAGAAUGUGUUUAGUUAUAUACUGACCGUUCUCGGAGUUUUCUAAGUCCAUCGUACCCCACCGAAAAUUUUCUCUGAAUAUUACGGAAAUGCAGUACUUUUAAUAUGUUGAUACUAUGAGCCGCCAUUUUAUAAUUAGACUGCGUGCAAACGGACGCAACAACUCCUAACAUUGUUGCGCCAACAAUGUUGGGACCCGCAGUGCAUAGUGGGAAGGAUACAACCUAUAACUCUUUGUAAACCAUGCGUAAUGAGCGUGCGUGGCCCUAACAAUGUUGGAAGAGCUGUGCAAACGGAUCCAAUAUUGUUGCGCUACGCUUCGGCGAUCACGGAACAAAAGAAAUGUUGGGAGUUGUUGACUGAAAAGUUUGACCGGUUUCAAACUUUGCGCAACAACAUCCAACAACAUGCAACAGGGUGUGCAAACUGACGCAACAUGUAACAUCCAACAAUGCCGUGCGUCCGUUUGCACGGGGCUUUAUGUAUUAGGUUUCUGUACAUAAGGCUUUUAUUUCUUCACUAAAAUGCUCCAUUUUUUUCCACUCUAAAAAUGCUCGGUCUCCCUCGAAAAAGUCACGAUAUAAUACUCAUCAUGCAGAGGGGCUUUUUUUCUUUAUUAAUUUUAGGGCUGACAAAAAUGUACAAGUGGUAUAACAAUAAUCGCUUGUUUCCUGAUAUCUCAAUGUUUCACGGGUUUUCUCCCUGGGACGGAGCUGCAUCCCCAUGUAAAAUAUUUUUUGAAUGGUCCCCCCUUCCCCAGCUCCCCGCUACCCCAGGUAUCCCACAAACACUAAGAGACCGAUUAUUUCAUGCGCCUCUUGACCAACACUUUGGCCAGAAGUUUAGGCCAAUCCCAUGCCUCCACAACAUAACUUUCAAUAUUAUUUAACUUCCUUUUUUCUGUUUCCUUUCUGCAGCUGAACUAUGCCGACAUCUCCAUCUUUGACUUCUUGAAUAACAUUCUUUUGGGAGGUAAAACAGAUGUCCCCAAGGAACUGGACAAGUUCCCGCUGUUGGCAGGGCACUAUACCCGUGUGUUAAACGUGCCCGAAAUAAAAGCGUGGAUAGAGAAACGCCCACAAACGACUGGCUGAAGACUGGUGUACUUAGAACGCGUUUGACGUGUACGCGAAUGAAGCUUUUUCUUUGUGUUUUCGUAGUACUUUAUGUCGCUCAUAUUAUUCUAAAAAUAAAAGGGGGAGCAAAAACGAAUAUCGCUGCAAAAUGAUUUGAAUAGCGAUGAUGCGCGUUUUACCACCCACGUUCCAACCUGUCUUGCAACAAAUAAGGUUGUUGCGGGUUGCGAAAAGUUGUUGCAGAAAGUAGAGAAGUUCUAAUUUUUACAAUAAAAUUUGCCUAUGUUGCGCGUUUUACUUUGGCCCAAGGCAAACUUGUUUUGUAGCGAGUGACUUAUCUCCCCGCGUAUGGCACGACUCCCGCGUAGUUUUAUCCAAUCAGAAGUCAAUAUUCACGCAACUUGUAACAACCUGAUUUGUUGCAAGACAGGUUUGAACAUGUUGAACGUUUUAAUUGUUAUCCGUUUUGCCGUAGCUUUAGCCUGCGAAAGGCUGCAAGCAGUGUGUGUGUACAGCCCCCGUUUUUUUCUCUCGGAGGAUUUUGGUCUCACUUAGGGUGUUAAGAACGGAAAGCUAAUGUUCUGGGUCAUAAAGGUAUCCAUCCCUUCGGGUUGAGUGUGGAGAAGUAAAUAUCCAUACGAGUGCCGUCAUACUUUGUUGGAGUUUAGCCUCCUUUAGGGUCAAAUAAAAACUGAGCAGCGCUAAGUUUGUUCUCCAUUUACAGAGGUUUAAUUGUAACUUUCCGACAAGCAUACCCGUCACUUUUAUAUGGGAGUCACCCCCCGUCACCAACAAC